AUGUAUUCCCUUGCUCCUUCUACCCAUCACCCACCGGAUCCGGAACAAAUACCACCAAAACGCCGCUGUCUCCUUCAGGGUCUUCACCCUCCCCCUGUACAGCUUAUACCUGAUUUCAUAGUGGAGAAAAUCCUCAAUGAAAUCCCUUCCAUAUAUGAUUGCCCUGAUAAGAUGAUCUGGAUGCCUAAUCAAAAUGGUAACUUCACGGUUAAGUCUGCAUGGCUUGUCACUAGGCAGAGUAAUGUUUUCAAUCCAGUUUAUGGCUAUAUUUGGCAUGACUUAAUUCCAAUCAAGAUUUUCAUCUUCAUGUGGAAAGUAUUAAAUAAUAAGCUGCCUGUAGAUGAAAAUAUUAAGAAAAAAUGUAUUAGUCUUGUUUCUAAAUGUGAUUGCUGUACUAAUUUUCCUCAUGUUGAAACUGUGGAACAUGUUCUAGUGGAAGGGUCCAUUGCUUGUCAAGUAUGGUUUGAUCAAACUCAGCUUACUAGAGGGCAAAUUAUUGGGGAAAUUAUUGAUCAAAUCAGAGUUCAAUUCCAGUGCAAAGUCAAGACUUUGCAUAUGGAACUCAGAGAUUCAAAUGUGAGUAAGCUCUUCUGUAUUCCUAUGAGAGCCAGCAGCAAAGGUAAGGUUUCUAUUCUUUACUGGAACCCUCCUCCUCAUGAUGUUACUAUAAUUAAUUGUGAUGGUAGUGCCUUGAAUAAUCCUAGAGAUUCAGGGGGUGGAGGUGUUAUUAGACGUAGUUCUGGCAUUUUUGUGGCUGCUUUCUCUAAUUUUUAUGGCUCUAAUUCCAUUACCUUUGCUGAGAUGAUGGCUAUUCAUGAGGGUAUAAAUCUUGCUGCUUCCUUAGGGCUCUCAAACCUGCUUGUUGAAUCUGAUUCAUUAAUUGUUAUUAACAUUCUUUCUGAGAGCAUGAGUCGCCCUUGGAAUCUGAUUUACUUGAAGAGUUAUAGCCAAAAAUUAUGGAUAAGUUGGGGAUCCCAGCUUUUCGUAUUAGAAAAUAGGCUUCCAGUGGUUUUUCUGCUUGGUGUUGUUUGCAAAUUGAUUGAGGAGAAGAUGUAA